CCGACACCUGUAGAUAGAGGAAAUUAUUAUAGGGAAUGACAUUUAUUCCAACCACAAAAGUGGGGGGUAAUUUCCUUCUCCAGAGAGCGUUGUGAAGGGUUUGAAUUAGAUGUGGGGGGUUGAAGCAAUUGUAACUAAAUACUGACCUCUGGUGGUUUCAAAAUGUUAUGUUAUGCUGCACAUCGACUAAAAAUAUAGAUCUGUUGGAGACUUGGGAACCGGCGGUAAAAUUACUUUCAUAUUUUCUUUGAUAGACUACAUUAUACAGCACUUUGUAUGCAAGAGUCUUUUCGGCUUAAGGCAUAAAGUAUUUUCAGUUUUCCAUGGAAACACAACCACCACCUUGUAUUCCUUUGAUGCUCCAGUCCUUUUCUCUCUUUAUACUGCCCACAGUCCCAACCCAAAGUGAACCAGAGAUGUCACUAAGACCUACAUGUGAGUCCUUGAUAUUGUUAUAUUAAGAAAAAAAGCAGCAGAUGAAUUUAAUUCAUAAUGGCUUACACAGAACAAUAAAUUAAAAAAAACAGCAUAAAAAAAACAUUUCAUGUAUUUUUUAAUACAUAAUGUUUGAGCAAAGAAAGUAGCAUGACACACAAUAUGACAAGGAUAUCAUGAAUAUGAGAAAGAAAAGAAAAACGAAGGACUUCGCUAAGUUGCCAUUGUACCAGCAGAUGGCACCAUAUCCCCAAGAAUCACUUGUUUUAAAUUUGAUACCUUCAAUACCAGAUAAAGAAAAACUGCUGUCGAGGAAGUGUACUUAGAGAUACUACAGACUAAUUAACCUUUCAAAUGUAACUGAAUUAAUUAUCCGCCCAUCUGAUUUCCCUACAGUGGAACAAGUCAAUGGAAGACUUUGAAAUUAAACUAACGAUAAGAGCCAACGGAGAAUGAAGCUAAAUCAAGACUAGGGUUACAUCUGUGAGAAAAACCUGGAAUUCCCUUCCAAAUGUAGAACACUUGCAUUUCAAUCUACCCUGAAGGACAUUUAAACAGUGCCAAGACCCACAUCUGACUGACUCACACAGCAAUUCAGAUGGUUUAACGUGUCAGUGAAUGGUAGCACUCAGUGUCAGACAGUCAUUCAUUGACUCUCGGGAAGUUGUCGAUUGAAAUGCAAAACACCUUAUCAAAUAUAAAGCGGGUCUAAAUUGAAAGACAUACACAGUAAAAAUUAAACGUGUCACAUCAAUAAUAGUAAAAGAACCCGACAUUAUUCUGGUCGUGAGCAAACCCUGUAACAGACUGUAAUUAAGACCACGUCACAUACAGACUAUUCAUAUAUUGACGAAACCUCUCUGAACCUGGGGUUUGGGAUGUUCACAUCAAUCCCCAAUGCUGGCCUCCUCUGCCAUCUGACGCACGUGUGAAGCGUGGUGUUAUUUUGGUGCACGCACUCCAUCAAUGCCAUUGGUUAUUUCUCUGGUUUGCAGGGUAAGCCAAGGGAAUAGAUGGUCAUACUCUUAGCAUGGGUUAGCAGGGGCACAAAGGCUCCUCUGUUUCUUGAGAUAUACUAACGAAAGGUACCAAAUGAAAAGGGCUCAGUAGCUACUGCCCAUCAAGAGGAGAAUCACUUCAUAAGCUUGACGGAAAUGAACGCACUACUCAUUGCUGCUAGCCUCUUGGUUGGACUGUUGGGUACGGGUAGUGACGCCAUUCCAUCAAACCGAUGGUCCUGCUACAAGAAGUUCCUGAAGGACAGGGACUGUCACAAUAUCGGUAUCACCAACGGAGUCGCGACCCUGCGACCCAUCGAUUCCCUGCAGAACCACUUCUGGGAAGGGAAGAAAUGCGACAUGGUGUGCUACUGUAAUUUCCGUGAGCUUCUCUGCUGCCCAAGGGAUGUCUUUUUUGGACCUAAAAUCUCCUUCAUAAUUCCAUGCAAAACCUUCUGAGCCAUCUGUUUGAGCAGACAGCGAAAAAACAGCCCGUCCAAUCAUCUGCGGGGAAACAAUGAAGGGAGGGGUCUAACGGGGUCAUGGGUGUGGGGCCCGUCCAAUCCAGGGCAUGCAUUAAAUCCUCACUUCAAGACCGCAACAACUAAAAUAGGUCAGAAGGCUGGACGCAAAUCAAAAGCACAAGAUUUGAAGCACUUUAAAAGGCCCCUCCCCCCUGCUUCCGUACAGUAUACAGUGCUAGGAAUAAAAUUAGCUACUUUGAGAACAGUCAGUGUGAUACGUGUAUAACAUAUACUGUGUGUGUAGUUGGUGUGCUUUCUUUGUCUGGGCAACAUAAUGUUGGCAUUCAUAACGUCUUGCUUCUUUAUCUACGCCCACACAUGAACAGGCCUCACAACUUGGCAAUAGCAGUUCUUGGCUAUUCCAACUGUUGGAUGGGUCUUGGUAUUGGACUACUGUACAGUCACAAGUUAAAUUGGUUAAGUACUAAUUAGUGUGUAAUUCCUUGUAUAAUGUGUAUUAUAUUUUAUUUUCAAGGCUACUGAACACAGGGAAUGUCAUCAAAUGUGAUCUUGUGAAGCAGGUAGAAGGAAGGACUAGGAGGCUUUUUCAGCGUUUAAGUGAAAAAUGUUGUGAUAAACAAUUUUUCAAUAACAAACUUCCAUUUUAGAGAACUUUGUAACUUAGGCCUAACUAACAUGGCUUAACCUACUAGAACAACUGAUGGAGUUUGUUAUAACUAAGUUUUCAAACUGCUCCAUUGCAACUCCUUGUACUCAUCCAAUGAUUUUGUAUCAAUUACAUUACUGUGUGGGAUAAUAUAUAAUAAACUGAUACCCUUGAGUGUAA